UCUGUCUGUCUGUAGUCUGUACUCCGUAUUCGAAUGUUGUCAAAUAUAGAUUAAUUCAAAUACUGAAAUACUUCUGAGCAAAAUAUGAGAUAGUUCAUGUAAGAUUCAAUAUUUUCAGUGAAGUUAUAUAAGUUUAUGAAAUGUACCUCGAAAAAAAAAUAUUUGCUGUUGUAUUAAUAAUUUUUUUAAAUGGUCGACUUACAAUCGGAGGUGUUAUGCAUGGGCAUAAUAAUGAAAUACAUAAAGAAAGAGAAGCUGAUGGAGCUUUUAGCCCUAGAGAUCACUCCCAUUAUUCUGAAAGUGGAGAACAUAAUAUAGCUUUUGACCACGAAGCAAUCUUAGGUAGUCAUGCAGAAGCAGAAGAAUUUGAUAGUCUUCCACCAGAAAAAGCCAAGGAACGAUUAGGCUUACUUUUGAAAAAAAUGGACCUCAAUGGAGAUGGUCAGAUAAAUAGACAAGAACUAAAGGCAUGGAUUCUUAGAUCUUUCAGUAUGCUUUCUGAAGAAGAGGCUGCAGAACGCUUAGAAGAUGUAGAUGAAAACAGAGAUGGCUUAGUAAGUUGGGAAGAAUAUAAAGAAGACACUUAUGAUACUGAAGAAGAGGCCAACAGCAAUUUGCUUGACGAUGAUAAAACUAUCUGGAAUGCUGCAGAUAUGAACAAAGAUGGAUUAUUAGAUAUUAAAGAAUUCACUAUAUUCACCCAUCCCGAAGAGCAUCCAUCAAUGCUUCCAAUAUUUUUGGAACAAACUCUGAGGGAUAAAGAUAAGAACAAGGAUGGUUCAAUUGAUUUCCAGGAGUAUAUAGGUACCCAAGGAAAAGAACAUGACAAGCAGUGGCUGCUUGAACAGAAAAAUUCAUUUGAUAGAGAUUAUGAUACAGACAAUGAUGGAAAAUUGUCGGGAAAUGAAAUAUUAUCAUGGAUUGUUCCAAGUAAUGAGGAAAUUGCCCAGGAAGAAGUUGAUCACUUAUUCGCUGAGAGUGAUGACGAUCACGAUGAUUUACUAAGCUAUUCUGAAGUGAUAAAUCAUUAUGAAACAUUUGUUGGAAGUGAAGCUACAGACUAUGGGGAUCAGCUAUACAAAAGCCACCAUUUCUCUGACGAGUUAUAAAAAGAUAACGCAAGUAUUACUUUAGUUGAUCAAUCAUUGAUGUGUGUGUGACCAAAUACUUAAUUUAUUAUUAUUAAUUCUAACAGAAUUCUCUAUUCUUCCAUUUUUUGGAUUAUCUUCUACAUUCGUGUUGUAAGUUUUUGUGCCAUAUUUUAUUUUACAAAUAAAUAUGAAAAUCUUGA